AUGAUGGGCUUGGAAAUGGAUUACAAACGCCAGUUAGGUGGCCAGUACUCGAUCUCCCAUGAUUUGAAGGUUAGUAUUAGAGAAGAGGCAUCCAAAAAUGAGCAAGAAGAUCAGUUGAUGCAACGAAUGAGUAAGAAAAGCUCUUAUGCUAAAGAAGAUGAGUACCAUAAACGUCGUUUGGAUCGUGAAAUAACAGGGAAUGGACCACAGGAUGGAAAAAGGCCUCUGGAAGUGAACGAUUCGGAUUCUCAAGUAGUGGUAAAGAGAUCUAGAUGGGAUGUCCAGAGCUACCAGAUACCAGAAAAAACUAGACAAAUGAACCGGGACCUGGAGGGAACGUUGAUGGAAUUCCCGGGCUCGAAUAAUGUCAGGUUCCUUAAACCAUCAGACCAAAAGCAUUUUGCUCUAGCUUUGCAGGAUAAACCAAUUGAGGAUCUAACUAAAGAAGAACAGAAGGAGAGAACACUUGUUUCACUACUUUUGCGAAUCAAGAAUGGAAAUACUGCUUCAAGAAAGAGAGCCAUGAAAGGCUUGCAAGAGAAGUGUAAUGAUUUCGGGCCGCAAUUGAUAUUUGACCGGCUCUUACCAAUACUUAUUGACCAGACUUUGGAAGAUCAAGAACGGCAUCUAAUGAUUAAGGUGAUUGGGCGGGUUCUCUAUAUGUUGGGAAGCAGCGUUGGCCCAUAUACACAUCAGAUACUCAUGGUCAUAUCACCACUAUUGAUCGAUGAGGACCCAAUUGCUCGUGAAACAGGGAGAGAAAUUAUCACUACGUUGGCCCAUGCUGCUGGAUUGGUUGGUAUGCUGGCCACAAUGCGUCCUGAUAUCGACAGCGAGGAUGAAUAUGUGCGAAAUACCACAUCUAGAGCGAUGGCUGUUGUCGCGAAAGCUCUUGGAGUUCCAAAUUUAAUACCUUUUCUAAAUGCUGUUUCUCAUUCCAAAAAGUCUUGGAGAGCACGUCACACAGGGUUGAAGAUAAUCCUUCAGAUUGGUCUCCUGUUGAAGCGAGAUAUUCUACCGCAUUUACAGGGCCUCAUGGAAUGUGUCAAAGAUGGGCUGACCGACGAGCAUACUCCUAUUCGUACGAUAGCUGCCAACACUAUUGCCACGUUGGCCCAAAUGUCUUAUCCAUAUGGUAUCGAGUCUUUUAACAUCGUGCUGGAACCUCUAUGGAGAGGCAUGAGAACACAUAGAGGCAAAGUUCUGGCUAGUUUCUUGAGAGCAUUAGGGAAUUUAAUUCCACUCAUGGACGCAGAAUAUGCCGGUUAUUAUACAGAGGAAAUUAUGAGAGUGGUCAAUCGGGAAUUCGACUCACCAGAUGACGAAAUGAAGAAAGCAGUGUUAAUGGUACUGCAAAAAUGCUGUAAGACAGAAGGUGUUACUCCCAAAUAUCUACGGCAAGAGGUUGCUCCUAACUUCUUUAAAUAUUUUUGGGUGAGACGUACAGCACUAGAUCGCCAGUUGAAUAAACUGGUCACCUAUACUACCACAAUACUUUCGGAAAAGGUCGGUGCUCCUUUCAUUAUAGAAAAUCUCUUAACGCCACUUCGAGAUGAAGCUGAACCUUUCAGAACCAUGGCGGUACAUGCAGUUAGCAAAGUGGUUGCCUUGCUGGGAAUCGCUGACCUCGAUGAGAGACUGGAAAUCCGACUAAUAGAUGCCUUACUUAUUGCAUUCCAGGAACAGACGAAUCAUGACAGCGGUAUUUUUAGAGGGUUCGGGAUUGUGGCCACUGCUUUGGAUAAAAGAAUGAAACCUUUUCUCUCUCCAAUCAUUAGUAUUAUCCUCAACCAUCUCAAACAUAAAUCACCGUUAGUUCGUGAACAUGCAGCAGAUCUAUGCGCCAUUCUUAUACCUGUGAUAAAGAAUUGUGGAGAAUUGGAGAUGCUCAACAAGCUAUCAAUUAUCCUAUACGAAUCAUUGGGCGAAGUUUAUCCAGAGGUCUUGGGAUCUAUUUUGAGCGCAAUGUCAAGUGCUGUGAUGUGCUCAAAUUUAUCAAAGCUUCAACCACCAAUUAAUCAAAUCGUUCCUACUUUGACUCCAAUACUGCGAAAUAGGCAUAGAAAGGUGGAAAUUAACAUUAUAGAGCUGAUAGGUCGCAUUGCAAGCUUAGCACCCGAAUACGUGGCGCCUAAGGAAUGGAUGAGAAUAUGCUUUGAGUUGCUAGAGCUCUUGAAAAGUCCCAACAAGGCCACUCGAAGGGUGGCCAAUGAGACGUUUGGCUCUAUUGCUCGAGCAAUCGGGCCGCAAGACGUUCUAGUUGCUUUGCUGAAUAAUUUGAAGGUACAAGAGCGUCAGCUUCGAGUUUGUUCAGCUAUUGCCAUCGGUAUCGUUGCGAAAUCAUGCGGGCCAUACACUGCUUUGCCCGCUAUGAUGAAUGAGUAUAAGACUCCAGAGACAAAUGUUCAAAACGGUAUAUUAAAAGCCCUAGCUUUUAUGUUCGAAUACAUUGGAGAUAUGUCCCAAGAUUAUAUUUACCUCGUUGCUCCGUUAGUGGAGGAUGCUCUGACAGAUCGAGACUUGGUUCAUCGACAAACUGCUGCAAAUGUGAUAAAACAUCUGGCGUUGAACUGCUCAGGAUCUGGUUGCGAAGACGCUUUCAUUCAUUUUCUCAAUUUACUAAUUCCAAAUAUUUUCGAGACCUCGCCGCAUGUAAUUUCACGUAUCCUCGAGGGUCUAGAGGCACUCAGCUUUGCAACAGGUCCGAGUGUAGCUUCGAAUUAUGUUUGGGCAGGAUUAUUUCAUCCAGCGAAGCAUGUUCGCGUAGCAUUUUGGAGACUUUACAAUAGUAUCUACGUUCAGCAUGCAGACUCGCUAGUGCCCAACUAUCCUGCCAUAGGUCAUGAGGCGAGCAGCAUACCUGAGCUAGAUAUUGUAUUGUAA